UCUUACCACUUGAGUUGGCACCACUGCUCCUCUUCUCACCCUCCCUGAACCCUCGUGGCUGACACACACUCCUAGGCACAACUGUUCACAUUUAUCCACCAAAAUGCUCGGAGGAGGCCAGCCCAUCAUAGUUCUGAACCAGAACACCAAGAGGGAAUGUGGAAGGAAGGUGCAGCUCCAGAACAUCAACGCUGGCAAGAUGAUUGCCGACGUGAUCCGCACCUGCCUGGGUCCGCGGUCCAUGCUGAAGAUGCUGAUGGACCCGAUGGGGGGGGUGGUGAUGACAAACGAUGGAAACGCAAUCUUGAGAGAGAUCACUGUGCAACACCCAGCGGCCAAACACAUGAUUGAAAUAGCUAGGACACAGGACGAGGAGGUGGGUGACGGGACCAGCAGCGUGGUGAUCCUGGCUGGUGAGAUGCUGGCGGUGGCGGAGCAGUACCUGGAACAGAACAUGCACCCUCUGGUCAUCAUACAGGCGUACAGACAGGCACUCGACGACGCCCUGGAGGCACUCAGAGACACCCUGAGCACCCCCAUAGACCUGAACAACGAGGCACAUAUGACGGAGGUGGUCCAGUCCUGCAUUGGCACUAAAUUUCUGGGCCAGUAUGGGAAUCUGGCCUGCAAGAUGGCCCUCAGUGCUGUGCGGACCGUGGCUGUCACAGACUCCGCCACGGGACGCAGGGAGAUCGACGUCAAGAAGUGGGCCAGGAUUGAGAAGAUCCCCGGAGGAACCAUCGAGGAGAGCUGUGUCCUUGACGGAAUCAUGAUAAACAAGGAUGUGACACACGCCAAAAUGAAGCGUCGUAUUGAGAACCCCCGUAUUGUGCUGCUGGAUUGCCCUUUGGAGUACAAGAAGGGAGAGAGUCAGACCUCCGUGGAGAUGACCGCCGAGACUGACUUUACCAGGCUCCUACAAAUCGAGGAAGAACAUGUAAAGGAACUGUGCGCGGACAUCCUUGCCCUGCGACCUGACUUAGUGAUCACCGAGAAGGGCGUAAGUGACCUGGCGCAGCACUACCUGGUGAAGGCCGGGGUCACCUGUCUGCGGAGGGUCAAGAAGAGCGACAACAACAGGCUGGCCAGGGCGUGCGGGGCAACCAUUUGCAACAGAACUGAGGAACUGAAGGAGGAGGAUGUCGGGACGCAGGCUGGGCUGUUUGAGGUCAAGAAGAUUGGUGAUGAGUACUUUAGCUUCAUCACCAAGUGUCAAGACCCCAAAGCCUGCACUGUGCUGCUCAGAGGACCCAGCAAGGAUAUUCUCAAUGAGGUGGAGAGGAACCUGCAGGACGCACUGGGGGUGGCCCGGAACCUUGCCUUGGAGCCCUGCCUGGUGCCUGGGGGGGGUGCUGUGGACAUGGCUGUGUCUCACGUCCUGCAGCAGAAGGCUAAACAGCUCUCUGGGGUCAAGCAGUGGCCCUAUCAGGCACUUGCAAUGGCACUCGAGGUAAUCCCUCGCACCCUGGCUCAGAACUGUGGCGCCAACAUUAUCCGUGUGUUGACCGCCCUGCGCGCCAAACACGCCUCUGGGGGGACCUCCUUCGGGGUGGACGGAGAGACAGGGGAGGUGACAGACAUGGCCAAGAUCAAGAUUUGGGAACCCCUGGCGGUGAAGGAGCAGGUGUACAAGACAGCUGUGGAGACCGCGGUGUUGCUGCUGCGCAUUGAUGACAUCGUGUCUGGAUCUAAGAAGAAGGACGCGGGUGAGGGGGGCGCGGCUCCCCCUCCUAAUAUGGGCGGCAUGGAGUGAGGGGGGGGCGGCAACUGCUGAAAAAAUAAUGGUUAAUUUUAAAAUAUUGGGAAUUAUUUGUCUAGCUCCCCCCCCCACAGACACACAGACAGACAGACAGAUAGACAGACACACAGACAGGCGGACAGGCAGAUAGACAGGCAGGCACAGACACACAGACAAGUGGACAGACAGAUAGACAGACAGACAGAUAGACAGACACACAGACAGACAGAUAGAUAGACAGACAGACACACAGACAGACAGACAGACACGUGAAACACUUAUAUAUUAAAAUUUAAUUAAUAUGUACUUCUUAACAGACAGACAGACAGACAGACAGACUCGUGGAACUUCACAUAUUAAGACAGACAGACAGACAGACAGACAAUUUGAUACAUACACGCAUACACACACCAAAAUUCCGUAAAAACACUCCUAAACACCAAAAAAAAAACUUAAAACACCCUAAAAAAUUUAAUCUUUUUUUUAUAUAUACAGACAGACAGACAGACAGACGCGCAUUCACAAUUGCUAUUAAACAAUUUUUUUAUUAUUAUUAUUGUAACGCUUGUCAGUCAGUAAUAAAGAAUUAAAAGAAAAAAAAAGAUUAAAAAUAUUCCAAUCCUUUUAA